AUAUGUUUGUAUUGUAAGUUAUUUUUAGACCCCAUUUGAAACCGGGUUUAAAUCGCCGGGUGACUAAAAUUACGCAAGCCUUUAUCUUAUCAGCCAUGUGUGCCUGAUUUAUAUCCCAGCUAGAUUCAGAGACGUUUGUUUUCAGGUAUCAUGGAGACAUUAACGAGGACGAUGGUAAUUCUAUUGGUCACUUUAGUGGCCACUUCCGCCGAAAAGGACUGUGACCAGUCGUCAAGUGUGUGGGUCAAUGGGGAGGAACAUAGAGGGGGAUGCAAGGUAGAUUUCCCCACCUGUGGUUACACGUUGCGGCCAGUGACGGACGUGUUCGGAGCGGAAGUUAUCAACGUGGAUCUCUCAUCUCUUGACGCAAGUUGCGCAAACGCACUUCGACAGGAAGCAUACAUGUACAAAUUUCUGUUGUUUCGGGAUCAAGACUUAAGUUGGCAGGACCAAAUCCGUUUCACAGAACUCUUUGGAAGGCCAUUUGAAGAAACUUCGUCUGUGAACCGGAAGUUCCAUCCAAAAGUCCCGGAUGGCCGACUUGGUUACUUCUCAAAUGACCCCAAUGAGGGCCUACAGGGUCAAGGGACAGAGGGAUGGCAUGUAGAUGGAAACAUUGUCACCAUUCCUCACGAGUUUACAAUUAUAUACUGUGUCAGUGCUAGUAAAAAUGGACCUACGUUGGUGGUGCCGUUGAAACAGAUAGUGGACAUGCUCGAUCCAGAAGAAAGGGCGUUUCUGGAUACGAUCUACUUCGUGAGUGGUCAUAACUCGAGUGUUGUGAACCCUUUGAUCUACAAACACCCAAACAGGAAUGAAGAUACAAUCAUGUUAGCGUUAGGUAUAUUAUCUGGAAAUUACAUCCAAAAAGAAGAAACUGGAGCGGAAAAAGUCUUAUCCAAGGAAGAAACAAAAUAUAUUCAAGAUAUCCUUGAGGCGAAAAUACUAGGAUCAAAUCUAAUCUACUCGCAUCAAUACAAGUCCAAAGAUUUGCUUCUUCUUAACAACCCAUCUGUCGCGCAUAUAGCAGGCCCGGGUUCACAGAGUGCGAUGGAAUUGUCCGGACUCCGCCUGAUGCAUCGGUCUACCGUUCGUGGAGAGCAUCCGCCAAGUAAGCAAACGUCUGUUCACUAUGAAUGUGAUACGAUCGCCCCACACUUGGAUGGAUAUUGCUUAUUUUCGCUCAAAGACUCUGUUUUUUACCCAAGAUACGGAAUCUUCGAUACGAAAGACGUCGCCAGACAAAGAUGCAAAGGAGUUAACCCUUACGCCGAUCUAGCGGUAAUCCCAAAUGAAAACUGGACAAAUGUUGUAAAGAAAAUUGUAGCACAUACUGGCGUCCCCCAUUGGAUAAAUGGGACAAAUCCGAGUGACGAGGCCGUUUUUUGGGGAGACACCAAGAGUGACUAUAUAAACUGGAACGAGGAUCAACCCAACGACCACGAUGGUCCAGAAGAAUGCGUAGUGGUCGGGCCAUUCGGUACUUGGUUUGAUCUGCCGUGUGCACCGAAGACCAAGAAGGGAUCUGACCCUGGACCUGUGAUCACGUGGGAGGAUGGAGUAAGGAGAAAGUACAAUGUUUUCCCACUUUGUGGAGUUAAGGCAGUUCGCUUGUAAACUCAAUUUCAGAAAAAAAAUAUGUUCUUCAUAAAAGAACUUAAAGAAAAGGAGUUUUUAUAGUGUUAAAAUUAAAGUGAACAUAUAAUUUUGAAUAAAUACAUUUGUAGUUUGUCGGGACAUAUUCA